CGGGGAGAUUGAAAUCGAGAAUAUUUCUCUUAAUGAAGUCGAAAUAAAGCGCAAGGAUUUGCUACCUGUAUUUCACCAUUUUCAGAGGGUUCACACAAAUUGCAAUGAUGAAAGGGUUUCUUUUGAUGGCAGAUUUUCUGGUUCAUCGUACGCUUCUUCCACAGCUAAAGAGAAACCAGAAGUUAGUUCUGCUAUUGCAACGGCGGCUCCACAGUGUUUGCUGAAAAAGGCACAUGUUGUUGUAGAUAAAAUGAAUGCAAUGCCAGUGGCAUAUCCACAGGUUGACCUAAUGGAUGAGAAUGAUGGAGCAAGUGAAUCAGGGUUAUUGGCCCCAUUCACGCUGAACCAAACAUCCUCUAGUCCUGAGCUAUCCACUAAUAUCAUAUCUUCCUUGGAGGAAGUUUACAUUGUAAAUAGUCCAUCUCCCCCCAACAGUGGGUCCCUCUUUGCUGGAGGGACUACUGCUAGGGAUGUUCCAUCUUCAAACAGUGCUUUUACUAGUGAAGCUUCAAACACAAGCUCUAACCAUUCCGAUAGGAGUAUGAAUAUUAGCAACGAUGAGGGGCCAAAUCAUGAAGAUAUGAGUGACCCUGUAGAUUUUGCACAGUAUUUCAGAGAAGGCUAUUGUAAGGCUUCAACUAACCAAGAAUCCCGUGAAUUUACAAAAGCGGUCACUCAUAAUGAUAGCAGUAAUACUCCUUGUGGAAAGGAGAAGGGUGAAGAUGAUGUGGAAAGUGAUGACAUGCUUGGUGGGAUUUUUGACUUCUCGGAAGAAGGUUGAUGCAUGACUUCAGAUAAUCUGCUGGUGUCAUGCUCCACUAUCAGAAUCUUUUAAAGCAUUGUCCAGUGCAUAUGAAUCUCAUGUUCAUCCCUUUCCAAUAGGACAAAAAUGCUACUGACUAUUGUGACAUUUGCUUAGUCCAUUUUUUUGCCGGAGCAACAAAUGCCCGGUUUCUCUGCAUGUAAUUCAUAUGUACAUAUGCUGUAUAUUCAAAUUCUUCACAAAUGAUUGGCGUGGACAGUUGUUUGUCUGUAAUGUUCAACUUUAUUUGUUCUUUGGAAAAGAAAAGAAAAAGUGAGAAAAUAAAUCAAAAAGUGAGAACCAGCUUAGUUUAUUUGUUUAUUGGCUGAGAAGUACUUUUGUUUGUUGUAUGCAAUGAUGCC